GAAGUCGUGAAAAACAUUUGUUAUUUAAAAACAGAGCAGGGGUUAGGUGUGGAAGCUUAUGCAUAUAAUCCUGGGACUUUGGGAGGCCAAGACUGGAGGAUCACUGAGAUAGGAAUUCGAGACUAGCCUGGGCAACAUAGCAAGACCCCCAUCUCUACUAAAAAAUUAGCUGGACGUGGUGGUGUGUGCCUAUAGUCCCGGCCAUUUGGGAGACUGAGGCAGGAGGAUUGGUUGAGCCCAGGAAUUCAAUGCUGCAGUGAGUUAUGAAGGUGUCACUGUACUGGGUAGGUCCAUAGUUUGUUUUUUCCUUUCAAAGGAUGUCCUUACACUACUGUUGACAGAGUGAUGCCUUAUCUCAAAAACAAAACCAAGCAGAACAGCAACUUUUGUGAAAAAAAAAGUAACCUUUUAAAUAACUUUUUGUGUGUGUGUAAAUCUGUACAUAGUUUUGAGUGGACAUUUGUUAAUUCCUUUGCUACCUCCAUUCCCUUUUGCUUCCUUCAGUGGUAGGCUAUGUUCUCUCAUUUUCAACCCUUUGGAUUCUCAUUCCUAACUCUAGGGUACCAUAAUUAACUUAAUCUACUUUAUUUUUAUUUAUUUAUUUUGAGACAGGGUCUUUCUCUGUUGCCCAGGCCGGAGUGUGGCAGUGCAAUCACAACUCACUGUAGCCUCGACCUCCUGAGCUCCCAUCUCAGCCUCUCGAGUAUCUGAUACUACAGGCUCACACCACCAUGUUUGCCUAAUUUUUUUUUUUUUUUUUUUUAGAGACAGCAUCUGCCUAUGUUGCCCAGGCUGGUCACGAGCUCUGAGGCUCAAGCGAUCCUCUCGCCUUGAGCUCCCAAAGUGCUGGGAGUACAGGCGUGAGCCACUACUUCUGGCCUAGAUUAGUCUACUUUAAAUCCUCCUAACUGCUCCCCACCUCACCUCCAUUCCUGCGCAAGUUACAUAAUGCUAGCGAGUGCUUCUGGGAAAGAAAAGUUUUCUCUUUCUUUCUCUAGAGCUACUGAAAGAGACCCUUUCUCUCCUUCAAAAUGGUGUCAUAUGAAAUUUGAGGUGUGGAAUGGCUGCAGCCGUUGUUGCCAAGGUUGGAUGUAGCCUGAGGAUGAACCUACUCAUGGAACAGGGCAGAACCAAGAGAAUGGCAGAUAAGUGAAAAUGCAACCCUGAUGACAUUGUAAAUCUCUGGAUCAGACUUCCUCUGGAUGUUUCAAUUUGUGAUACAGUAAAGUCCAUCCCUCUCUCUCCCCUUUUUAAGCUGCUGAAUCAGGAAUAAUAAAAGUUAAAACAAUUGCUGCACGAAACACUGAAAUUUUGGCAGCACUGAAAGAGAACAGCUCAGAGGUUGUACAGCCUUUUUUAAUGGGUUGUGGAACCAAGGAACCGAAGAUCACUCAGCUAUGUUUGGCUGCUAUUCAGAGACUCAUGUCACAUGAAGUCGUGUCUGAGACUGCAGCUGGAAAUAUAAUUAACAUGCUUUGGCAGCUAAUGGAGAAUAGUCUUGAAGAACUUAAGCUACUUCAAACAGUUCUUGUUCUUUUAACAACCAAUACAGUAGUUCAUGAUGAGGCACUUUCUAAGGCAAUCGUUCUUUGUUUUCGACUACACUUCACAAAAGAUAAUAUUACAAAUAAUACAGCUGCUGCUACAGUGCGACAAGUUGUUACUGUUGUUUUUGAGAGGAUGGUUGCUGAAGAUGAACGACACAGGGAUAUUAUAGAACAACCAGUACUGGUACAAGGAAAUAGUAACAGAAGAUCUGUCAGUACCCUCAAACCUUGUGCUAAAGAUGCAUAUAUGCUUUUCCAGGAUCUUUGUCAGUUGGUUAAUGCUGAUGCUCCUUAUUGGCUAGUGGGCAUGACAGAAAUGACUCGGACGUUUGGCCUCGAAUUACUUGAGUCAGUCCUCAAUGAUUUUCCGCAGGUCUUUUUACAACACCAAGAAUUUAGUUUCCUCCUCAAAGAAAGGGUAUGUCCUCUUGUGAUAAAGCUCUUUUCUCCAAAUAUAAAGUUCAGACAAGGUUCCAGCACCUCAUCUUCUCCAGCACCAGUUGAAAAACCAUAUUUUCCUAUCUGCAUGCGUUUGCUGAGAGUAGUAUCUGUUCUGAUUAAGCAGUUUUACAGUCUUUUGGUAACUGAAUGUGAGAUAUUUCUGUCACUUCUGGUGAAAUUUCUGGAUGCAGAUAAACCACAGUGGCUACGAGCUGUUGCGGUGGAAUCAAUACACAGAUUCUGUGUGCAGCCUCAACUAUUAAGGUCAUUUUGUCAGUCCUAUGAUAUGAAACAGCAUUCUACCAAGGUUUUUCGUGAUAUUGUAAAUGCACUGGGAUCUUUUAUACAGUCCUUGUUUCUUGUCCCCCCUACUGGAAAUCCUGCAACAAGCAACCAAGCUGGAAACAAUAAUUUAGGUGGCUCAGUCUCAGCACCAGCUAACUCAGGAAUGGUGGGGAUUGGUGGAGGUGUUACUUUGCUACCAGCAUUUGAAUAUAGGGGAACCUGGAUACCUAUUCUGACAAUCACAGUUCAAGGCAGUGCUAAAGCCACCUACUUAGAAAUGUUGGACAAAGUUGAGCCUCCAACUAUACCUGAAGGUUACGCCAUGUCUGUGGCAUUCCAUUGUUUGCUAGACCUUGUUCGUGGAAUCACAAGUAUGAUUGAAGGAGAGCUAGGAGAGGUUGAAACAGAAUGUCAAACCACCACUGAAGAAGGUUCUUCACCAACACAGUCGACAGAACAGCAGGAUUUACAGUCAACAUCAGACCAAAUGGAUAAGGAAAUUGUUAGUAGGGCUGUUUGGGAAGAAAUGGUGAAUGCCUGCUGGUGUGGUCUUCUUGCUGCACUCUCACUCCUUCUUGAUGCCAGCACAGAUGAAGCUGCCACUGAGAAUAUUUUAAAAGCUGAACUGACUAUGGCUGCUCUUUGUGGAAGACUGGGCCUUGUAACUUCAAGAGAUGCCUUUAUAACUGCAAUAUGCAAAGGUUCCCUGCCUCCCCAUUAUGCUCUUACUGUAUUGAAUACCACCACUGCAGCUACACUUUCCAACAAAUCAUAUUCCGUUCAGGGCCAAAGUGUUAUGAUGAUAAGUCCAUCAAGUGAAUCUCACCAACAAGUUGUGGCAGUGGGUCAACCUUUAGCAGUCCAGCCUCAAGGGACAGUAAUGCUGACUUCCAAAAAUAUCCAGUGUAUGAGGACUUUACUUAACUUGGCGCAUUGCCAUGGGGCCGUUCUUGGAACAUCAUGGCAACUUGUCUUGGCAACUCUUCAGCAUCUUGUGUGGAUUCUGGGAUUAAAGCCUAGUAGUGGCGGUGCCUUGAAACCUGGGAGAGCUGUAGAAGGACCCAGUACAGUUCUAACAACAGCAGUGAUGACAGAUUUACCAGUGAUUUCCAAUAUACUUUCAAGAUUGUUUGAAAGCUCACAGUAUCUUGAUGAUGUAUCACUGCAUCAUUUAAUAAAUGCACUUUGCUCCUUGUCUCUAGAAGCAAUGGAUAUGGCCUAUGGAAAUAAUAAGGAACCAUCUCUUUUUGCUGUUGCCAAAUUGUUAGAAACUGGUUUAGUUAAUAUGCACCGAAUAGAAAUUCUGUGGAGACCUCUGACUGGCCAUCUACUUGAGGUCUGCCAGCAUCCAAACUCUCGAAUGAGAGAAUGGGGAGCAGAAGCUUUAACUUCUCUUAUUAAAGCAGGAUUAACAUUUAACCAUGAUCCUCCACUCUCACAAAACCAGAGGCUGCAGUUGCUUUUAUUGAACCCAUUAAAGGAGAUGUCCAAUAUUAAUCAUCCAGAUAUUCGACUCAAGCAGUUAGAAUGCGUGUUGCAGAUUCUGCAGAGUCAGGGAGACAGUCUUGGGCCUGGAUGGCCAUUAGUGCUUGGAGUCAUGGGAGCAAUCAGAAAUGAUCAAGGAGAAUCCUUGAUACGAACUGCAUUCCAGUGUCUUCAGUUGGUUGUGACAGAUUUUCUACCAACAAUGCCUUGUACUUGCCUGCAAAUAGUUGUAGAUGUUGCAGGUAGCUUUGGCCUCCAUAACCAAGAACUCAAUAUUAGUUUAACUUCAAUAGGUUUAUUGUGGAAUAUUUCAGAUUAUUUUUUCCAAAGAGGGGAAACUAUUGAAAAAGAACUAAAUAAGGAAGAGGCAGCACAGCAAAAGCAGGCAGAAGAGAAAGGAGUUGUUUUAAAUCGGCCAUUCCACCCUGCACCGCCAUUUGAUUGCUUGUGGUUAUGUCUUUAUGCAAAAUUGGGUGAACUAUGUGUGGAUCCCCGUCCUGCUGUCAGGAAGAGUGCAGGGCAAACUCUGUUUUCUACAAUUGGUGCGCAUGGAACUUUAUUACAGCAUUCAACCUGGCACACUGUUAUCUGGAAGGUACUCUUUCAUCUACUGGACAGAGUUCGAGAGUCCUCUACCACUGCAGACAAAGAAAAGAUUGAGUCUGGAGGUGGCAAUAUUCUCAUUCAUCAUUCAAGGGACACAGCCGAGAAGCAAUGGGCUGAGACGUGGGUAUUAACAUUGGCUGGAGUAGCAAGGAUCUUCAACACUAGAAGAUAUUUGCUGCAGCCUUUAGGAGAUUUUUCAAGAGCUUGGGAUGUUCUUCUUGACCAUAUACAGUCAGCAGCACUCAGCAAAAACAAUGAAGUAUCUCUGGCUGCUCUGAAAAGCUUCCAGGAAAUUUUACAGAUUGUGUCCCCUGUCAGAGACUCAGAUAAGCCUGAGACACCACCUGUAGUUAAUGUACCUGUGCCUGUUCUUAUAGGGCCCAUAUCAGGCAUGAGCAGGCCAUUUGUAAGAACAGAUUCCAUUGGAGAAAAACUUGGAAGAUAUAGUAGCUCUGAGCCACCCAUUGUUACUGAUGAGCUUGAAGAUUUGAAUCUAUGGUGGGCUGCGUGGAAUACCUGGUAUAGAAUUGGAUCUGAAAGUACUAAACCUCCUGUUACUUUUGAUAAACUAACUUUUAUUCCUAGCCAGCCUUUUCUUACAGCUUUAAUUCAGAUAUUUCCAGCUCUCUACCAACACAUAAAAACUGGUUUCAAUAUGGAUGACUUGCAAAAGUUGGGAGUCAUAUUGCACAGUGCUAUUUCAGUCCCAAUAAGUUCAGAUGCAUCCCCUUUUAUUCUUCCAUCUUAUACCGAAGCAGUUUUGACAAGUUUACAGGAAGCUGUACUUACAGCUUUAGAUGUUCUCCAAAAGGCCAUUUGUGUAGGACCAGAAAACAUGCAGAUAAUGUAUCCAGCUAUAUUUGACCAGUUGUUGGCAUUUGUAGAAUUUUCCUGUAAACCUCCACAGUAUGGACAGCUGGAAACAAAGCACAUUGCAAAUGCAAAAUAUAAUCAGAUCCAACUAUUUGCACCGGCGGAAUGGGUAGCCUUGAAUUAUGUGCCGUUUGCUGAAAGGUCUUUAGAAGUAGUUGUGGAUUUAUACCAAAAAACAGCGUGUCACAAAGCAGUGGUGAAUGAGAAAGUGCUCCAGAAUAUUAUUAAGACUCUUAGGGUUCCUCUCAGUUUGAAGUAUUCCUGCCCUUCUGAAAGCACAUGGAAACUAGCAGUAUCCUCUCUCCUCAGAGUUCUUUCUAUUGGGCUACCUGUUGCCCGGCAGCAUGCUUCUUCUGGAAAAUUUGACAGUAUGUGGCCAGAACUAGCCAAUACUUUUGAAGAUUUUCUCUUUACUAAAAGCAUACCUCCAGAUAAUCUCUCUAUUCAAGAGUUUCAAAGAAAUGAAAAUAUUGAUGUCGAGGUAGUUCAACUUAUCAGCAAUGAGAUACUACCUUAUGCCAAUUUUAUUCCUAAGGAAUUUGUUGGUCAAAUAAUGACAAUGCUUAACAAGGGCUCAAUACAUUCUCAGUCAUCUUCAUUUACAGAAGCAGAGAUUGAUAUUCGUUUGAGAGAGGAAUUUUCUAAAAUGUGUUUUGAAACAUUACUCCAGUUUUCCUUUAGUAAUAAAGUCACAACACCUCAAGAAGGCUACAUCUCACGAAUGGCACUCUCAGUGCUUUUAAAGAGGUCCCAAGAUGUGCUACAUCGCUAUAUAGAGGAUGAAAGAUUAAGUGGUAAAUGCCCUCUUCCAAGGCAACAAGUAACAGAAAUUAUAUUUGUUUUAAAAGCAGUCAGUACUCUUAUUGAUUCACUUAAGAAAACUCAGCCUGAGAAUGUUGAUGGAAAUACCUGGGCACAAGUAAUUGCCUUAUACCCAACUUUAGUAGAAUGCAUCACCUGUUCUUCUUCAGAAGUCUGUUCUGCACUUAAAGAGGCACUAGUUCCUUUUAAGGAUUUCAUGCAACCACCAGCAUCCAGAGUUCAAAAUGGAGAAUCUUGACCGGCUACAAUAUAUUUGAAAGCAGGAAGAUAUUCUAAAAAAUGUUUGCUCCUAAUUGAGUCUUCUGUGAGAAGGACAUUUCUUACUGCAAAUAAUUCUUGGCAGCUGUUGUUGGCCUCCUUUAAAUUCUACUUACCUGAGUUCAGUAAUUCAUAUUACAGGCUUGCACAUCAACAAAGGCUCCUGAAUGAACAGCAGUGUAAGGCUUUAAUAAAUUAAACUGAUGGGAGGGAUAAUUAACACUACAGUAUACAUGCUACCAUAUCUCCAGUUGGUGAUUUAAAGUGAGCUUAUGUACAGUUUGUGGUGUAUGUGUUAAUGAUGUACUUUUUAAAAAGAAAGAAAAGAUAUUUCAAUUCAGUCAGAUUUAUUAGUCUGGUGUUUUUGCACCCUUUUUCAAGUACAAAAUCGUACUAGAAUUUUAUGCAAGAUGGUACUGUAACAUUCCAUAUUAUCUAUAACCAGCCUUUGUUAACAAAGGGAACUGAUAUACUUGUGUGUAUAAUAAAUGGUACAGUUCUGUAUAAAAUAGUGCAUUUAUUUAAAUUUUAAAAGUAUUGAUAAUGUUAAAUGCUUAAAGCUCUAUUAUUAAUACAAAAUUGUUUGCUUACAUUUUUACUUAUAAUUUGCCUUCAUAUGUGGCGGAUAAGCUCACCGUAUGAUCAUGCAGUUAGCUUCAUGCUUAUUUUAAAUGUAUUAUUAGUGACCAUUAAACAUAUGACCAGUAAGGUCACGUGAACACAGCAGCAAAUAGUUUAUGAUUUGCUGAUUUUGGAGCUUUGAAAUAUAGGUUCUUAAUACAUUGAUACAUAUUGUAGCACUAUGACUUCAUCAUACCUCAUUUCUUUAAACAGCUCUCCAAGCUUUCACUGAAGUCUGUCUGUUUUUUAUAUUGGCUGUCUGGAUUUUAAAGACUUUUCAUAUUUUAUAUUUCUACUGAUUUUGUUUCCCCUAACAUUUGUCACUGUCUUUGAAUUAUGACCCAGGCAAGAUGAUUUCAGAUUUUCUAAAAUCUUGCCUGUGAGGUUUUGUUCAUAUCAGUGCUUCAUUUUGUAAUGUCUUCUCAAGAAAAAUACCUAUGUUAACUCACAAGUAUAAAAUAUGUGUGUAUUAUAAAACAAUGAAAAGUGUAUUUUUGGAGAUAGUAAAGCAUUUAGAAGUGCAGUGAACUUGCUGUCAUGGAGUAAAAUGCUAAUUAUGUUUCACUUUCCUAUCCUAGUGAAAAAGAAAAGUGCUCUUGAGUACAAUACCUUAAUUAUUUCUUAAAAUACUGACUUUGACCUAGCUCACUGUAUUUUUUAUUUAAUGGAUUAUGGAUUAUAGUAUUUUUCUUCUGAGUUAAAUUUUCAUAAUUUAUGUGAAGACACAAAGAUGUUUAAAACAAUGAUUAUUCAUAAGAAAUCAUAAUGGUCUCGGUAUUAUUUUAGUGUAUUGGAAGGUCUUUGAUCUUAAUAGAAUUUAUAAAUUUCAGCUUCUCCAGAAUAAUCAUAAAACUGCAAAAAGAUAUUAUAAUUGAGUCAUGAUUGAGAUACAGUUUUGAGGCUAUUGCAAUUGUGUAAUUAUUUAAUUUGCAUUAUCUGUAAAAUGUAGUAAGGUCUUUGAGGGGAUAUUUUUUAUUUACAUGAAUUACUGAAUUUCUAUUUUAUUAUUUCACCUAAAAUUAAGGUAAAAUAUGGCAUUUCAUAAGUUCUGCUUUCAGCAUUUUCCUUAAAGUUGUAAAAAAUCGAGCUAUGUACUUAUUUUCUAUAUUUGGGUAUGUUAAAUUGAGGAUUAGAAAAAUCCACAUAAUCACUGAUAAAGCAUUGAAACAGAAUAACCCAAGGGUAGUGUACCGAUUCAGUAACAUGUUAAAAAUAUUGCUAUGCAUUUAUUCAAAGGAAAAUGGUCUAUUCUUGAGAAAUAAAAGAGCAGUUGCAAUUAGGAUAAUUAAAUAGUUAAAUAUGAGUCAAGUGUAUGCAAUAUACAUUUAUAUGAACCGAAGCUUGCUUUAUCAGGACCAUGCCCUACAGUUCAAAACAUAAACAUAGUGAAUGUUUUAAUAUCAUAUAAUAAGGUAAUAAAUGCCAGUCUUAGUGUGAAGCAAGUGGGUGGCCCCCUUGGUAGUAUAAUUGGACAGGCUUUUCCUCCAGAAUAUUUCCUGUCACCCUCCAAGAGUCACUACAGUAAUUGAUUGCUGGCAUGGAACACAUUGCCCUUGUCUUGUUAGUAUGAAUUGGGUUCUCCAGUGACUAGAAGAACUGGGGUGUGUGAAAUUAUUCGAUGCUAGGAGAUUCAAAAAGGAAGCUCUCAAAGAUAAGAUCAUUUUAUGGCACAAUUGAGUCUAUAACCAGCCCUUUAAGCAGUAGUAAAAAUGUCCUUUGUCAUACUUACUAGAAAUACUAUGAGUUUUUUUUUUUUUUUCAUUUGAGAUGGAGUCUCGCUCUGUCACCCAGGCUGCAAUGCAGUGGCACGAUCUUGGCUCACUGCAACCUCUGCUUCCCGGGUUCAAGCAAUUUCCUGCUUCAGACUUCCAAGUAGCUGGGAUUACAGACAUGCCACCAUGCCAGGCUAAUUUUUUAAAUAUUUUUAGUAGAGAUGGGGUUUCACCAUUUUGGCCAUUAUGGUCUUGAACUCCUGACCUCAGGUGAUGUGCCCGCCUUGGCCUCCCAAAGUGCUGACAUUACAGGCGUGAGCCACUGCGCCCAGCCAAUACCAUGAGUUUUAAGCCUCACAUCGUCACUUGCUGUCACUGCCAGUGCCUGUUUUAUUCAUAUUGCUGGACAACAGACAUAUGCCACCAAUUGUAUGAUUAAUAAAGUCUUUUUCUGGCCAUUUUGUCCAUUAUAAAGGAAAUAAACUAAUUGUUAACUUGCAUAGAUUACUUCUUAGUUUCCUAUGCUACCACCACUGCCAAGAGAAAAAAAAAUACAUCAUUUUGUAAUGUCUUUAGUAUUUCUUUAUAACUAGUGUUAAGGUUUUGUUAAUUUUAUUGUAUACAUUUGUAACAUUUAUUAGGAGCCUUUUAGGUUCCAAAACAAACAAAAGGCAUAAAAGUCUGGCUUAGAACCACUUUUCACUUGCUUUCAUUUUUAAUUUUAUUCACUUAACAGCUAACAUCUCUCUUGUUUCUUGUUUUUUCCAUUAUAUGGUUAUCGAUUCAACUCUUGCUAUAUUCCUUAAAUUUGUAUGUAUCAUCAGAAGAAAGAGAUGAACAAUUUAGUGUAGAUAUUUUAUUCUGGAGAAUAAUAUUCAAUUAAAUGAUUUCUACAGCAGGCCAGUAACAACUAGAUUAUUUGUCCUUUCUCAGUAUAAUUUUAAAGAGCAUUUUGUUUUAUUGUCGCAAUUUGGUACCACUAGUCCCAGGUAACCAUUGGGCCAAAGGAUCAGUUGAGAAACAGUUAAGGAUGAAUUAGCAUAAGUUAUGGAACAGUGUUAGAAAACAACUCAAAAGUAUAUUCUUUAUUGAGGUGGUCAUUAUUACAUUUGUGUCAAUGAAGGGCAGUGUAGUUAUUUUAUAAUGACUAAUAUUUUCUCCCCAAAUACAGAAUAAUUCAGAUGGGCAACCAAGUUUUCAAGAGACUGCUGUAGGUGAAGUCUGUCUAGCCAAGGCAGAACAUUUGCAGGAGUCCCUAACUGUGCCACCCUUGGAAUGGGUUAGUGUGCAGGCUUAGAAUAUUGUGGAUUACAGUUUUUCAGAGAAAACUACCACAGAUGUAGACAAAAAUGAUCUCUGAAAGCAUUGCCAGCAGCCAGGUAUGUUCCUUAGAUUUCCACUUAGGUUUGGCAUUUUGGCAGAUAAGCUAAUCUUGUAUAAAGUAUCACAUUUUACUAUGCUUAGUGUUCCUGGGUUGUAUUUAUCUACAUUAUUAGAGGGAAUUUUUAUUUUAAAAAAAUUAUCAUUCAUGAGAAGAAUGGGAGUUCAUGCCACAUAGUAUUUUACCAAUUUAUAUAAAGUGGGAAAAGUCUUUAAUACUUCAUGAUCACUUGAAUUAAAGUUUUUGUAUCUCUGGAAA